AUGGCAGGAGGCAAGGGCAAGAGCAUUGGUGGCAAGGCCUCAGGCGCGAAGGAUUCCACGGCAAAGACUCAGAAGUCGCACAGCGCAAAGGCUGGUCUUCAGUUUCCAUGCGGUCGCGUUAAGCGUUUCCUCAAGAACAACACACAAAACAAGAUGAGAGUUGGAGCCAAAGCUGCCGUCUAUGUCACCGCCGUCCUAGAGUACUUGACCGCUGAAGUCCUGGAGCUGGCAGGCAACGCAGCCAAGGAUCUCAAAGUCAAGCGUAUCACCCCGCGCCAUCUGCAGCUUGCCAUUCGAGGUGAUGAAGAGCUGGACACCUUGAUCAGAGCAACCAUCGCAUUCGGUGGCGUCCUUCCUCACAUCAACCGAGCACUUCUCUUGAAGGUGGAGCAAAAGAAGAAGAGCAAGGCGGGCGAAUAG